AUGUCAGCCAGUAGAGCGGGCAGUGAUGGGGCGUCCCCGUGCAAUGACACACGCUGGGUGCAGAAGUGGCAGUCGUGGCAGUCAUCAAGGCCACUCAGGAGAACCAGUCUGUCUCUGGGCUCUGGAUUCUGGCAUGCUACAGGAAGACACUCCAGUCGCCGUCUCCUACGGGCCAUCCCCAGACAUGUCGCUCAGAUACUGCAAGCAGAUGUGCUCUGGCAGAUGGGACACACUGGCUCUGGGGUGAAGGUAGCAGUAUUUGACACUGGGCUGAGUGAGAAGCACCCUCACUUUAAGAAUGUUAAAGAAAGAACCAACUGGACCAAUGAGAAAACACUGGAUGAUGGGUUGGGUCAUGGUACCUUUGUUGCUGGGGUUAUUGCCAGCAUGAGAGAGUGCCAGGGAUUCGCUCCUGAUUCUGAGCUUCAUAUCUUCAGGGUUUUUACUAAUAACCAGGUGUCCUACACCUCCUGGUUCUUAGAUGCCUUUAACUAUGCCAUCCUGAAGAAGAUAGACGUCUUAAAUCUCAGUAUAGGGGGACCAGACUUUAUGGACCAUCCUUUUGUUGAUAAGGUUUGGGAGCUCACAGCCAACAAGGUGAUUAUGGUAUCUGCUAUUGGCAAUGAUGGCCCACUCUAUGGAACUCUGAACAAUCCAGCAGAUCAGAUGGAUGUAAUUGGUGUUGGAGGGAUUGAUUUUGAGGACAACAUUGCCAGGUUCUCAUCCCGGGGCAUGACAACAUGGGAGCUGCCAGGUGGCUAUGGCAGGGUGAAGCCUGACAUUGUGACGUACGGCUCUGGUGUGCGUGGUUCAGGAUUGAAGGAGGGCUGUCGUUCUCUCUCUGGCACCAGUGUUGCAUCACCUGUAGUGGCCGGAGCUGUCACACUACUGGCCAGCACUGUGUUGAACAGAGAGCUGGUGAACCCGGCCAGUAUGAAGCAGGCCCUGAUCGCCUCCGCACGCAGGCUGCCAGGCGUCAACAUGUUUGAGCAGGGCCAUGGCAAACUUGAUUUACUCAGAGCCUACCAGAUCCUUAACAGCUACAAGCCACAAGCCAGCCUGAGUCCGAGCUACAUAGAUCUGACCGAGUGCCCGUACAUGUGGCCCUACUGCUCUCAGCCUAUUUACUACGGUGGCAUGCCGACGAUUGUCAACGUGACCAUUCUUAAUGGUAUGGGUGUGACGGGAAGGAUUGUGGACAAGCCCAUCUGGCAGCCCUACCUUCCUCAGAAUGGGGAUUAUGUGGAUGUGGCGGUGUCUUACUCGCCUGUACUCUGGCCCUGGGCCGGAUACCUGGCUGUUUCCAUAUCUGUGGCCAAGAAAGCUGCAUCGUGGGAAGGGAUUGCUCAGGGUCAUGUCAUGGUUACAGUGGCCUCACCAGCAGAGAAUGAUUCAGCAAUAGGUGGUGAGAUGACCUCUACUGUUAAGUUACCAGUGAAGGUAAAGAUUGUCCCUACCCCGCCACGUAGUAAGAGGAUUCUGUGGGAUCAGUACCACAACCUACGCUACCCGCCUGGCUACUUCCCCCGAGACAACCUGCGCAUGAAAAAUGAUCCACUUGACUGGAAUGGUGAUCAUAUUCACACUAACUUUAGAGACAUGUAUCAGCACCUUCGCAGCAUGGGCUACUUUGUCGAGGUCUUAGGUGCACCAAUCACAUGCUUUGAUGCCAGUCAGUAUGGGACCUUGCUGAUGGUAGACAGUGAGGAAGAGUAUUUUCCAGAGGAAAUCACCAAGUUGAGGAGGGACAUAGAUAACGGCCUGUCUCUCAUCAUCUUCAGUGACUGGUACAACACAUCAGUCAUGAGAAAAGUCAAGUUCUAUGAUGAGAACACCAGGCAAUGGUGGAUGCCGGACACAGGGGGAGCUAACGUACCAGCCUUGAAUGACCUGAUCUCAGUGUGGGGUAUGGCCUUCAGUGAUGGUCUGUAUGAGGGAGACUUCACAAUGGCAGAUCAUGACAUGUAUUACGCCUCGGGGUGCAGCAUCGCUCGUUUUCCUGAGGAUGGGAUUGUCAUCGCUCAGACCUUAAAGGAUCAAGGUCUGGAGGUCUUGAAACAAGAGACAGCAGUGGUGGAAAAUGUGCCUGUGCUUGGACUGUACCAAACACCCUCUGAGGGGGGAGGCCGCAUAGCACUCUACGGAGACUCCAACUGUAUUGAUGACAGUCAUAGACAGAAAGACUGUUUUUGGCUUCUGGAUGCUCUGCUGCAGUACACUUCCUAUAGCAUGGCUCCACCCAGCCUCACCCACUCUAAAAACAGAGUGGUGCCCCCUACAGGCACAGACAGGCCACUACCACAGAGAUUGGAAGGCAAUCACCUCUACCGUUACUCCAAAGUGCUGGAGGCUCAUCUGGGUGACCCUAAGCCUCGUCCUCUACCUGCAUGUCCUCAUCUGUCUUGGGCUAAACCCCAGCCGCUUAAUGAGACUGCUCCUAGCAAUCUGUGGAAGCACCAGAAGCUACUGUCAGUGGACAUGGACAAGGUUGUUUUGCCUAAUGUGAGGCCAUAUCGGCCUCAGGUUCGACCUCUGUCUCCUGGAGAAAGUGGAGCCUGGGAUAUCCCUGGAGGAAUAAUGCCCGGCCGCUAUAAUCAAGAGGUGGGCCAGACCAUCCCAAUGUUUGCGUUUCUCGGUGCCAUGGUUGUUCUUUCCUUCUUUGUGGUGCAACUGACCAAGGCCAAGAGCAAGCCCAAGCGCAGAAAACCCAGAGUGAAACGACCGCUUUACCUUCAACAACAGCAACCACAAACCCCACACUCAGGCAAAAACCCCACCGUAUGAUCCGCUAUAUACCACAUCUGGACAAACUAGCGGGGAACAGUCUUCCCUGCGGUGUGUGUGAUGCCGUAACCCCAUGAUAAUGAGAUCUGAAGGGCUGUGUCUGUACAUUCUUGAGAUGAACCAGCCACCUGCGCCCAGAUGAGGGCCUUGUUUGGACAUCAGUGUUCCUUCUCUUGUCUUUAUUCAACACUUGCCUUUCAAUUUAGUGACCAAAUGGAAGAAUGUUCCUUUUUUUUAAUUUAUUGUUGAAUAAUUGACUAUUGACCCUUGCUUUCUGACAAAUUGGACAACCGAAACCAGCUAUUCAGUUUCCUUGAUUAACAUAUUGGACUUGUUUCCACCUGUCCUCAUUUUUGUAUUCAGUCAGACUGUUUUUUUUUAUAAAACUUGUGUGCUUACAUAUUUUGUAAAUAGCCAUCAUGAUUUCACUGUUGUUGGUGUUUUAAAUAUAUCUUAUCCGAUAUAAAGCAAGAAAACCUGCCUCU